AUGUACGAAAAAAUACUUAUUGCAUUACUAUUGUCAGGUUAUAUUUUUACAUCAACUGCCGACACCGUAACUCCUACAGAGAAGGCUGUUGAAGAUCCAACAGGUGAGUCUCCCUUAGUGUCCGCAUCAGCAAAUGACCCUACUCCUGCUAAUGCAAGAACAGUGGAAAUCCCUAGAGAUGAACCCGGCACAACAGGAGCAAGAAGACAACUUCAGCACAUGUUCUCAGAACCAGUGAUAAUAGUCAUUAUUUUGGGGGUGUUGGCUGGUAUCAUUGGAAUUAUACUCCUUUUUGCUUACGUUAUUGGCAAGCUAACUAAGAAAUAUAAUCAAUGA